AACACGUGACUGUUGAAGUUGGCGCAUGCCUGGGCGCUGUAUCUAAAGCAAAUGCACGUUGUCGAUGAAGACAAAGUAUAGAGGCCGAACAUGCAAAGAAUCGUGGUUGAUGUAGAGGGGUUGCGGAGGGUGCCUUGGCGGCGUCAUGUUCCUGAGCUCUCGCGCUUGAGCCACGUUCCUAGCUUGGGCCGACCAACGACCGCGUCGACAUGGAAGAGCAAGCCACACGACGACUCUGAUAAUCUACGGUCACAAGUUCAUAGUGGCUUACAGGCAAUUCCUUCGCGACCAUGGAUAUCAUACAAGCCGUCUCCGGCUACAUCACCAAGAUGGUGUCGGUCGGGGACACCGCUGCGACAGGCACCUCCGCGGCCAAGAUGAAGAUCCUCUUACUCGACAACGAGACUGUGCCUAUUGUUUCCACGGCGACGACACAAUCCGCCCUCCUCAACCAUGAAGUCUACCUUACUGACCGUAUCGACAACCCAAAGCGGGAGAAGAUGCGCCAUCUUCGCUGCCUAUGCUUUGUGCGACCGUCCCCAGAGUCUAUACAGAGCCUGAUAGAGGAGCUGCGGGAGCCCAAGUAUGGCGAAUACAACAUCUACUUCAGCAACAUAAUAAAAAAGUCCUCGCUGGAACGCCUCGCCGAAGCAGACGACCACGAAGUCGUACGCGCCAUCCAAGAAUACUUCGCCGAUUUCCUCGUCAUAAAUCCCGACCUCAUGUCCCUCAACCUCGGCUUCCCGGACCAUAGGAUAUGGAGCACAAGCCCGGACUCGUGGAAUCAGGACGCACUACACAGGUCAACAGAGGCAGUCAUGGCGCUGCUUCUGUCGCUGAAGAAGAAGCCUUUGAUAAGAUAUCAGAAGAACAGUCUGCUUGUGAAGAAGCUGGCGACCGAGGUCCGAUACCACAUGACACAGGAAGAGCAACUCUUCGAUUUCCGCAAGACUGAUACUCCGCCUAUCCUUUUGAUCGUAGACCGAAGGGACGAUCCCGUUACCCCGCUAUUAACGCAAUGGACAUAUCAGGCUAUGGUUCACGAGCUACUCGGAAUACAUAACGGACGCGUGGAUCUACGUGAUGUGCCGGAAAUUCGUCCCGAGCUCAAAGAAAUUGUGUUAUCGCAAGAUCAGGAUCCCUUCUUCAAGAAGAACAUGUAUCUCAACUUUGGUGACCUAGGACAAAACGCGAAAGAGUACGUCGAACAGUUUGCAUCAAAACAGCAGGGAUCGCAAAAGCUCGACUCAAUUGCCGAUAUGAAGCGCUUCAUCGAAGACUUUCCCGAGUUCCGUAAGCUCUCCGGCAAUGUCACCAAACAUGUUACACUCGUUGGUGAGCUGAGCAGACGAGUUGGCGAAGAGAGUCUGCUGGACAUCAGUGAGCUCGAACAGAGUCUAGCAUGUACAGACAAUCACAACAACGACGUCAAGUCGCUACAAAAGAUCAUCCAGGACCCCAGGGUUCCGGCGAACAACAAGCUUCGCCUCGUUGCCAUCUACGCGUUACGGUACUCAAAGGCGUCUUCGAAUUCGACAGCCAUGCUCCUAGACUUGCUCGCCGUUGCGGGCGGACUGUCACGGCAUCGCAUCAAUCUUAUCACAAAGCUACUGACCUACCAUGACUCGCUACAAGCGACUACGGCAGCAGGUGGGGUACCGGACCUGUUCCAGCCUGGAUCCUUUUUCGGGGGUGCCCGAGAUCGACUCAAGGGCCUGAAGGGUGUUGAGAACGUCUACACACAGCACUCGCCUCGCUUAGAAGCUACGUUGCAAGACAUGAUCAAGGGUCGCUUGAGCCAGCAGCUGUAUCCCUUCGUAGAAGGUGGCGGCUCGACCAAAGAUAAGCCGCAGGAUAUAAUCGUCUUCAUGGUCGGCGGCGCGACAUACGAGGAAGCCAAGAUGGUUGCGCAAGUCAAUGCAAGUUCGCCUGGUAUUCGCGUUGUGCUCGGUGGAACGACCGUGCAUAACAGCACCUCCUUCUUAGAGGAAGUCGAAGAUGCCGUCGACUCGUGGCCCGAGCCUCCCGCUACAUCAGCUGCGGCUCGCUUGAAGAGGGAAGUAGGUAGAUAG